AUGGCAGAGGCAAAGGGGACCAAAAGUAACAGUGGAAGUAGGAGCAGUGGAGGGAAUGGGGGAGUACGUGUCCCUCAGGAGACCUCUCUUAAAACUGGGGUGGUGUUGUCAGAUGAAAGAGUUGACUUCCUUCGGGAGCAGGCUUUCUGUGUGCUGCGAGUGAAGACGGAUAAAUGGAACCGCUUUAUUGGUGCGGAGGAGAACCAGAAGAUUAUACUGGAUUUUCUGGACCAUAUCUGGACCAACAGGCUCCUGCUCUUCACUGGACCAGGAGGAACAUUGCACGCAGGGGAUGCCCAAACUUCUCCACCAUGGAAGACCAAGCUACUGUGUGUGCUAAAGAAAGGCGUAAAAAGAAUCGACCGCCAAAAAUUCCGACACCAGCUGCGGUUGGGAGAAGUGCCUGGAUAUCCAAUGGAGCACCUACCUGUCGUCAUUUCUGAGAUUCUGGUGUGUGUACUAUCCAAUGGACUUAACCAUGAGGACUGGCCAGGGGUGGUGUCUGAUGACAUCCACAGGCACUUAGAGAGGCUAAGGAGCAAGGUGGUGACUCUGAGAGGCCACGCUGAGGGACGGACACUGCUGCCCCUGCCUCUGUGUGUGGAGAGGGCACAGUCCCAAGACAUCCUCCUGAGCCCCACUGGAUGGCCACUUGACCGUGGCUUGUUAUACUCUAUAGAAACUCUAAUAGUUCAAUGGUCUGGACAGAUCUGGGAUGUGUUAAAGAAGGACUCUGGUAUGCUACUGCUCCAGGGAGACCACCCAGGCCCCAGUGUCGAACUCCAUUUUUGGACCACUCAGAAGGAAAACCUGCAAGGCAUCCGGUCACAAGUAUGUCGUUGA